AUGAUGAAGCAGGAUACACAUCGGUUGCUUCAUGGUUGUGUCACUGUUGACUUGGAGCCCUCACGUAUGCUACAAGUCUCCAGGCUUUGUACCAGUUUGCCCGUUUUCGCCUCGGAGGCCCUUAGAACAUGUUCUAGUGAGUUGUACUCCUUGUUCACUAGCCAACCCUUUGCCUUGAAGCUGCAAGUGUCCGCUUUUUGUCCGGUGGGUGGCUCGUUAUCGUCGCGGGGAGCGAAUUGUUUCUAUGGAAGUAUCCAAGUUCACCUCAAUCACAAGCAAUUGACAGGAUCUCCGCUUCCAUUCACAUCCAAGACACAGGAUUACAUGAACUCCCACUCAACAUGCCUCACUUUUACCUUGCCUGCAAGCGACAUGCCUCACAGUGCCUUGCUGGUUGCCCCGAUAUUUCCUUCCCCAAUCGGUCUUCGCUCUGGCAGCCAUCCCACGGGGUGUUUGGCUUUGAGCUCCUGUGGAGAGAUUUUGCGGAUCUGGCCACGGCUUGCACGAAACUCGCUGCAUGUGGAUGUCAAUUUGUCUGCCUCAACUACCGGACUGUAUGGAGAUGAAGCGAUCCAGCUUGAGCCAACGUCAGUACACGGAACGUUUGUCCUAGCUACCCGGACUGGACAUUUGAUAUUGGUGGACCCGAGAAAUGCUCCCGAUGGUGUCCGGUGUCGGCUACUAACUGGACGGACCAAAACUGACCCAGGUGCUGGCACACACGGGUCUGCAAGUCUUCUCUCUGGUUUAAGCCGACGGGUAUCGAACUUGUUCGGCCUAGUCGCCUCGUCCGGUGGCUUUGGGAUGCGGCUUAACCCAGCUCGAGGCGGAGGAAAUAUGGUGUUUGUCCGUUUGGUUACGCGGCCAAUAGGGGGUACUUCGAUGGACGAUGCGGCAUGCCGCGUUUACAUGCUGAUGGAGAGUCAGUUGGAUGUGUGGAGUAUUGACCAAAAUUUGGAUGAGCGGAUGCUCGGUGUCUACUCGAUUCAGUCGUUGUUACAAUCCUCAAUCCAUGACUCAUUACUCGGUCAAUGGCAUGCGGUUGACAUGGCUGUUCAGCAUUCGACGGAAUCGAACCUUUCCGAUGAUCUCCUCUAUCUUCUCGUGAGUAACGCGGCCUCAGGACCAUCGGGUGUCGGUCUCUUUCAUCUGGUCACCUUGGAUGUGGGGAAUGAGGAUCAGCCCGAGGGUCAGGUACUUCAAGUAAUCCCCACUGCAGCCGUACAGGUUGAUUGGCCGUUCGAACUCUCAGCCAUGCGAUCGACGUCAUUUCGGCACAAGAUGAUCCAUCUAUGUCUUCCUGCGAGCUUAGCACCGGAUUUCAGUGGAAAUCCACUGUAUCCAUGUCUUUUAGCUUGUCUGUUUUCCCCCUUCACCGGGCAAGUGACCAUUAUUGAAGUUUGUCCCAAGCUACUGCCAACAUUAUUCAAUGACCCCUGUUUCCUUCUCUACCCUUUCAAAGUUCUCACGGGUCAUUCGAUUGCUCGAAUGGAAUUUGGAGCAUUGGGAACUACACCGGCACCGCCUAUCUGUCCAUCGGCACUUAUCGGCUGUGGUAGCGUGGACUCUUCGAAUCUGUUUGUCUAUGUCACUUGCCAACGGGGCCUGAUCACACUCACACCGGCGAACGAUAUGUUGCCUCCCAGCACAGCUUCAGGCGGUGGAGUGAGUGCCUCCCAGUCGAUCGCAGAGUUGAGUCACAGCGCAAUACAUGACGUGACGAAAGCCUCCACGAAGUUACGGGCCAGCAACGUGAGUGUUGAUUCCGUGGCUAGCAAUGAAUCUCAAAGAGCCCGAACUGAUCGUAACCCGGUCGUUAUUGUGUACACAAUGGAUGGUGUCAAACAAGUUGUCGCUCAGUUAACCCCCUCCGGCUUGUCAGUCUGGGAUCCGAAUGACACCACGCGAUCCCCCGUGCAGCUCUCCCCGGCGGACCUCUGCUUCGUGGGCGUAGGUGAGAUUGCCCGGGUUUACUGGAUGGGAUAUCAGCAGUAUUUUGGAAUUCAUACAACUUGUCCAUAUCGUAUUUACUGUACCUGUUGUUUCAAAAAGGAACAAGCUGCGAAGUGUGUCAUCCGUCUAGUCGAAGAAGAAAGGCUUCGAACGGAGCUUUCCUGUGCCUUCCUGCGUUUCACCAGUCGACUGAUGAACGAGCGUCCGCUGUCCGACGCACGCUGGCGUUCGCUUACCUUACCGGCCUACUCAGAGCAGGAGAGCUUAAUGCCGGAGGGGUGCUCAGUGUUCCAGUACGUGAUCUCUCGCUUCACUUCAGAGGCGCCCCUCUUGUCGGUUUCCCGCCUGCAGACCAAACUGGACUCGAUCAAACGAUUGCGUGAACUGUGGUCCAUCCUACCCUCGUCCGACCUAUUUCCAGUUUCCGACGCUUUUGUGCCACUUACAGAAUUGAAUUGCUGGUUGCGCAUUCGGUUGCCAUCCAGAACGUCAAUUGUGGAUCCAGAGCUCAGUGAUAGUCUGCAGAAUGAUGACCAGAUGGAGUCAAAUCGUCGGUGGUAUGUCGGUGAACGACCAGGUGUGCUAAGUGAUGAGGGCGUUGGUACGACUACAGAUUCUUCACGUUUCCACUGCAUGUUGGCGGAUGACAACAACGAGGUCGAAGCGUGCGCUGAGAGGCUUUUGCGUUCUUUGGAUGAAAGUCGAAUGUUACAGGCGGCUGAAGAUAACUCUAUGGACCAUAGCGGUCGGCCCGCUUCGGUCCAUAUAGUGUGUGGAAUGCAUUUGGCUGAGGAAUUAGUUGAAUUCGCUCGAAUCGUACAAACCAAACUGGCGCAGAACCCACAGGCCAUGUUGCAGCGCAUAUUCCAAUCGGUCGCCGUCCAAGCCGGUUUCUCUUCUACUGCUCUUCAGGUUGUCAAUCCGCAAGAGGCCAUUCUGCAAACGAACGCUCCAGUCGCUGCUUCUCUCCCUCUGAGCGUUUGCUCUUUCGUCAUCGUCAUUGCGAACCUACGUUACCUGUGGCGUAGGCGUGACAUCAGUUUCUCUGUCAAGGGUCGGGUUUACAAUGCUGCGGUGCGCUCCAUAUUACUAUAUGGAUCAGAAACCUGGCCGCUGCGCGCCGAGGACGUCAAAAGACUUUCAGUGUUCGACCAUCGAUGUCUUCGGAGCAUUGCCCGAAUCUGGUGGGAACACCGGAUCAGCAAUUCUGAAGUCAGCCUCGUACCGAAUCUCGUUGCCGGUUUGGGUGAAGCCAUUCUUCAAGCAGUCCAUCCCGGUGAAUCGAACAUGAGCAUGGAGUCUGAUGAUGAACGCGCGAGUUCUUCCACUCUGGUUUCUGUCAGCGUGACCAACUUAUUCGUCAGCGUGAUGGAACUACUCACGCCUGCUUUGUCAGCUGUUCUCGGUUAUCGUGAUCGUCAACUUCCCAGUCUAUACGAGGCUGUCAAAGGUUUCAGUACUGGCAGAUCCCACUAUCUGGUUUGUUGGUUGACCGAUUGUAGACCUUACGGGAUUGGGGACGUACUUCUGGACCUGCCUGCUUUGUCAGCUGUUCUCGGUUAUCGUGAUCGUCAACUUCCCAGUCUAUACGAGGCUGUCAAAGGUUUCAGUACUGGCAGAUCCCACUAUCUGGUUUGUUGGUUGACCGAUUGUAGACCUUACGGGAUUGGGGACGUACUUCUGGACCUGUUUGAUUUGCUCAUCCGCUUCGGGUGUGGUGAAGUUGCUGUAGUGGUUGACCAGCAAAAUGCAACUGGCGGAACAAUGAUAUCGGAUUCGUCCCAGUUGAUCAAGGACGCCAGUUCAUGGGCCGUGGAAUGGGCCAGUGUGUUGCUCGGCGUUGCACAUCAGCGAGUCCGAUGGGCCACUGCGCAUUCGACCUGGAUUUGGUCCCACCCCCCACUGAACGACCAAUCAGCCGGACCGUCUAUCAUGGAACGGGUGGAAUCUAUACAGCGGUUGCGUCGAAUGCGUUCGUGGUUUGUACAGCUGCGGAAAUAUAUCAUUGACUCUGUUGCGGACAAACUCAAUCGCCCCGAGGCUGCCUUGCAUUUGGCCGAGCGCUUUGCCGAUUGCGCUCAAAUGGUUCGUCUUUGUUAUCUGCUGGAGCGACAGGAUGAAAUAGAUCACGCUUCUGAAGACUGUGAGCCAGUCUCAACCACACAACUCACGCGGUUCCAUCAUCACCGUCUGGUGGAGCUGUUGCGUCGGGUUCCUGAAAGCUACGGACUUGCGGACCAAGCCCUUCAGUGGUACUUCGCCUGUGAGGAGCACGCACGCGUCAAAUCCCUGCUGGCCCUUCUAGAACGACUAAAAGAGAAGUCCACUUCCACAGAGGAUCAGUUUCACAGCCUUGCCAAAACAAGGGCUCCUCAACACACAGCACCUCCCUCGGCCGUGGAGCAAAGGCGAAAGGUGGCGACGGAGACGGAUCCAGUUAAUAGGUUUCUGCACCGUCAAGAUACUCGAGAUCACGCUUGGCCUCAUCUGCUCUCUACACGGCAGUACUCAAAGGCAAGUGCGUUUUCCGGGCAGCACGUCUCAAAUCCCUUUUUACUACUAAUCUGCUCAACACCGUCGCCAAUCACUUCUCAUCCCAAUCCAUUUUACUCCACUGUGCAGGCAUCUCAGAUACUGUUUGAAGAAGGAUGCAAGGAAACACGUUCGAUCGGUCGUAGAAAAGUCCUCUUGAGCCUGGCAAAGCUAACUCUAUUAGCAACGGGUUCUGUCUCGAAAACGCGUACCACCACUGGCGAUUUGGGCGUCUCAGGUGAAACUGUUCCAGACCGUUUGAUUGAAAAACUCAAUUUACUGUUAGAGGCUAUUGAUCUCCAGGAGCAAUUGCCAGUCGAAUUACGUGCUGUCUACUCGGCCCGCCAUGCCCAGUCAGACCGAGCUGAUCCUUCGUAUGAUCCAUUGUUGGAUUUGGACUCGCUUGCUCGUCUCUAUGUAAGCGGGGCCACCUUGUCUCCUGCCGCACCGCUGUUCAGCCGGACAACCUCUCCUGAUUCAGUGGUGGAGUCACCCGAUGCCCCGCUUUUGAAAUGCGGCCGCGAUGAAUUCCACGCUGCCUUCCGACUAGCUGACUUGAUUGUUGAGCUGGCCGACUUGCAACCAGGAUCACAGCUUGUCAAUCCUGAUGAGGCACGCCAUCAGUUGUUGGUGCACAUUUGGUGUCAAGCAUUGAAAAUGAAUGACUGGACCAAGACGGCGGAACACGAGGAUCCGGUGGACAUAUGCAGCCGAAGCUUUGUGUGCUCGUUGGUUCGGGACCUCAGUCGAACACAUGCGAAAGCCUUGGAAGUCCUCUUCACACCAGAUGAGCUUUUCGAUCAUCCAGACCUGGCUGACCUAUCAGGCGACCCUCGUUUUCGUUAUCUCAUCCAAUCGGGCCUCGAGUACAUGCAGAGUUUGUUCAUAUGAACCCUCGCCAAGAUUCACGCAGUUUUCCCCCUUCUCCCCCCUCAUCCGAAAAUGCAUUUUGUAUCUUAUAAAUAUAUGUGUGAA